CAUGUAUGUUAAACUGAGUUUAUAAACUUUUAAGUGAAGGAAAACAAGUACAGGAACAAAUAUGAAAGAUCCAGAGAAACUAACAAUACGUUAAACACCUAUUUACAGGGAGGAAGAUGUACCAGUCCUAACUUUAUCUUCUGUUGGCCGAAUGCUGUGAUAGGGAUGACCCAUCCAAAUGAGGCCAUUCGGGACCUCUGCCAGGUGAAGUUUGAGGGCAGUGAGAUGACAAAGGACGAGAGGGAAGCCUAUAAACAGAAGGUAGUGGAGCAAUGUAUGACAGAGUCGUCAGGGUUUUAUGCAGCAUCACGGAUCUGGAACGAUGGUAUGAUUCUCCCAGAGAGCACACGCCAGGUACUGCACCAGUGUAUAGAGAUAUCCCUGGCGUACAGACAACCAACACAGAUGAUCUCCUCAGUGAUCAGGAUGUAGAACCUGCUGAACCAACAGUUCAGGGACACCUCUGAUUUUGUGAAUCCUUUACAUACAAAUCUUUCACACACAGUUGUAGAUAAAUUAUUUAAACUUCACUGGAAUUGGAACUUUUAUAUUUUGCUGAUACCGAUAUAUGAAUUAUGUGAAUAUGAAUCAGGUAAAAAUGUGUCAUUAUAAUAAAACAAAUAGUGAACUUAAGCAUUCCUAUCAAUGUCCAACAAAUCUUAAAGUUCAUCUGCUUAAUUUUAAAAUAUUUCUUCUUUUUUAGCUUUGUUAUAAUAAACCAAUAAUAUUAUAUAAUAACAUUGUGGUAUAACUUUGUAUUUUGCGUCAAACCUGUUCAGAUCACAGAUGUAACUGAUUUCUACUGUAAAAUUAUGACUUGAUAUUGUAUUGAAUUGUAAAUCCUAGAUAAUUUGGUCUGUAGUGUAUUGAGUUGUAAAACCUAGAUAAUUUGGUCUGUAGUGUAAUUUUGCCACAAUGUUUGAUUUGUUACGUACUACUGAGAAAAAUGUAAAUUCUUACAUGCGGAUAUGUUGUCAUUGUGACUAUUUAAACAGAUGACAGUGUGGACAUUUGUAUGCUUACAAUGGUUCAGAAAUCUAGGUUAUCAAAUGUAAUCUACACUGUAUAUAAUCUAUGUAAUCAAAUAAUCUAUAAGUUGAAUUUUCACAUGUAAAUAUUUUUGCACUUUACUCAACACCUUGAAAAUGUCCAGUUUUAGCUCACCUGGUCCUACGUAUACUGCGGCAUCCGGCGUCCGUACGUCAACUUUUUCUUUUGAAUGACUUCUUCUGAAGAACUGGAGGACCAAGGGUCAUGCUAUUUGGUCAGUUGGUACCUGGGAUGGAGUGCUAAAAGUUUCAUCAUUAAAAUUACCAUGACCUACUUUCAAAGUUACAGGGGUCAAAU